CUGGAGUCGAGUCGUAAAAUACCCUGUUUGUUACACGCUGCAGCUGUAGCUGGAUCUCUAUCAUGCUGGCACUGGGCUCUUGAACUGGUCAAGUCAAGUAAUUAGUUACAGUUCAAUAAUCCGUUGUUUUGGCUUUUGCCAGCAAUCUGGGUUGUGUUGAUGCCAGCGAAGCUAGUAUCUCCGGGUUUCUCGUUUUCAAAUCGACCUUCCAAGUAUGUCGUCGCUGAGGUGUCAAUCGCAGCCAUCGUUGAUAGACAGCAUGCGAUGCUUGGCCGCUGACAUAGACACGUCAUCAUGUACCAUCACCAAACACUGCACCUACCAGGAGGAAUUUCUCUUACAGUUUGUUCCACCGAACGUGGCCCCUCCGUUGUCGGCUAUUGCUGCGCCUACAACUCGUGGCUACGUACUGGCCUCUUCCUACGUGCCAACGGACGGCGAGGACACGGACAGGCCGGAGCGUCAUCAAGUUGCUGGCUUGCAAUCUCCUGUGACCAUUGUCCAGUGUGGUGGUGGUGGUAGUGCUGCUGCUGCUGCUGCAAAGGACGGCGAUCGGUUGCAGUGUAUGCCAGAGCUGUGGCAUGCUGCGAAGCAGUCAGAUCAGCGUGUGCAUGUAUCAACGCCAUUGAGCAGUGCGGCACUGUCACCGUUGACAGCUGACGACGCACGGUAUUUGAUGUCAGAAUAUUCCAGCACUCUGCGGCCUGGCAAUGAAGCUCUCCCGCCGCUGUGGGUGUUGUGUAGCCCAUCCAAGCCCACACAGCUUCUGUGGCUAGCUGGCCAGUGUAAGCUGAAGGCUGGCGAUACAGAGCAAAGUGACUCCUCACCACCUCCAUCUGUCGUGCCCCAGCUACUGUCUUGUCGCUUUCUCGGCACAAUUCUGCGCCCGUCAUCGUUGCUCGACAGUCCGACGUCGUUCUACGCUUUGCCCUCGCUGCACAAGUUGCUUUCGCACGGUUGUGUCCCGCUAGACGUUGAUGGUGGCCUUGAUAUGCAGGAGCGAUGUGGCCUGUUCACAGCCGAGUACGAGAUCAUCGGCAGUCUAUCUAACUCCACAUCGGAGAUGUCCAUGGACACAUCGAUGCUGGACGAGGCGGAUCUCGGCGGCAGUCUGCUUGUGGUACGCUACAGCUGGGAACGCUCCUCCACCGUCCUGUGCUAUCCAACAUCGGCAGCGUCAUGUUGUGUGCUUGUUCGUGCCGUGAGCAAGGAUUUGAGAUCACCGGCCGCCCGCCUUCUACGGGAGCUCAAUCAGCUUGAGGCAUGGGUGCAGUUGUUUGGCUUGGAGGACAGCUCUGCCAGGGUCGAGUGGCGGCAAGGUGACUCGGCCGCUGAGACAGCCGUGGACCGCACGACAGCGUUUCUGCAAAAGGUGCAAACCUGCACAGCCGAGGACCUGAUGCAAUGGCGUCCGGACGAAGGCCGGCAAGCGGACCUGGACGCAAUCAGCAGUCACAUGCUACCGCUGAGACAGGAUCUGGACUUCACACAGCUGUUCUGGCUGCUCGCUAAAG